AUGGCGGCUUUCACACCGUUAAAAACCUUUACUGAAAAUGAAAUGAUUGAAAUUGCAACACAUUGUGAUCCCUACUCAAGGUAUUGUGAACUGGCAGAAGCUCUAGGCUUCACCAGCCUGUACAUAAGCUGGCUGAAAUCGAGAAAACACAAAUAUGGCAGCUACACGUAUGGAUUCUUAGAAGACCUCAUCAUCAACCAAAGCAAUAAUAUUUCAGUUGAGUCACUAAUGAGGGCCGCUAAAACUGCAAAACUUGAGUUAUUAUAUCAUAAGGCGCCACCAUUCAUGGAAGAUGCGAACUCGUGGGGCAAUGUGUUAAUAGCAGGUGUCAGAGGCACGAAAGCAGUCAAAGAGAUCAAAAAGUUUUUGUCAGACAACAAUUUUCGCGUUUUUCUUGAAGAUGAGAGUGGCUGCUUGAACGCUGAGAAGAAAGAUAUUUGGCUGACUAACACUUUGUUAAAAGUCGAUUACGUGCUGAUCCUAAUUUCGCCCGACCACCCUGCUAAAGUGACAUCGACCUACAAGGAACCGCAGGACCCCAGACAGCCCAACUUCACGAUACAGAUCGUACAGAGGUACAUGCACAUCCGCUGUCACCAGCCAACCUCCGCCCACCAUCACUCACUUCUACCUAACGAGAAUAUAAAAAAAUUCAUUCCGGUGUUGAUUGAAGGCGCCUGUAGGGACGACAUGCCCGGUUGGAUGGCCGGGGGGAAGACCCCCAUCUUCACGUGGUCCAGAGAUUACGUCGACAUCUUUGCGUGCCUCGUUGACAUCAACCUGCUUAUCAAACGAGUCUUUGGCGACGUUGAAUGCCGCGAAAACGAAAACUGUUUACACAAAUGUUCGCACAGUUGUUCAUUCAGAUGUUCGCAGAGAUGUUCACACAGAAGCGGUUCAUGCUACGGUAGUAAUACUUUAUUAUCUUCUUCUUGUCAAUGCAGCAUUCACCCUAAGAAGUUAGCGAGCAUUUUGACGUCCUGCGCCAACAUUUGCUCGUCACGUUGCAGUGCUGGCCACCAGCGGCAUCGGCAGCACAAAAGUUUUAGUCCGUUUGAAGUGAUGUGGAGGGAUGUUGUCGGGAUUGAUGGGGGCGAGAAAGAGAAGAAGGAGAAGAAGAUGAUGACUUCCUUCAAACUUUCUGGAUUGUUCUGUCUCGGCAAGAAAAGUGCUGGUGGCAACCACAACAGCUGCCACAACCACAUCAUCUGCCAACGGGACAGCAAUUCAAUCAGCUUGAACAAGACUGAUCAACAUCUGAUCGUCAAAUAUCAACUAAUAAAUCAAAUAUUAACCAUUGAGUGAGUGAAUGUGCCAUUGUUUGAAUGAAUGAAUGAAUGAAUGAAUUAAUUAAUUAAUUAACGAAGGAACGUAAACUAGAUGAAUUAAAAAAUCAAUUUAACUUGAAAAACGUAUUUGACGAUGAUUGGGAUUAUUAAAGUAUUUUUUACUAACCAACAUUAUUAACGAUAUCAUUAAUAAUUGUAAAAAAAAUAUAAUUAAACAAAUAAUAAUAAUAAUUUUAAUAACGAAAUAAUACUAAUCGUGAUCAUGUGACUUCAUCGAUCAACCAUCUCUACAGAUUAACAGACUACCAUAUAAUGUACGAUUUAAUUGCUUGUUUUAUUAAUUUCUCAUCAUCACCAUCAUGGUCGUCAUCAUCGCCAUUAUGUUUGGUAAAAAUGUUUUACAUGUAUCUAGUUCACAUUCCAACUGCUACUUACCUUUAUUUGCAUUUUUGCCAUCCCAAUUUUCCGGUUUUUUGCAUUUACCGUCUCAUAAAUUUGUAUUACAAUUUGAAAUUUUCAAGACAUAUUUUUUAAUACUUUUACACUUACUGCUGCUACUUCUGCUACUACUACUGCUGCUGCUACUACUACUGUUGCUGCUGCUGCUGCUACUACUUCUAUCCGUAGGUCGUUGUUAGUUUAUUCAUUUGUUAAUUUUCUAUGUUUUUGAUCAUGUGAUACUUUUUUGGAAUCUAUGUUUUUUAUUGCUCCCUUUUUUAUUUCUUUUGCCAUUUUGGGUUUUUUCAAAAUUUUUUGGAGGCAACAUUCAGCAAUGAACUGUUCUGAAUAAAUUUUUACUAUAAAA